AUGUCACUCGAACGGGGGGGAUCGAAAACAGCCGCAGUUACAAAGGGACGGGAUACACGUAUGUAUCCUGAGAAGAAGAUACAGAUCACCAAAAUUCGUGAUUCUGAAGCCGGAGGGUUACCGAGUGUGAAGAACGAAGACUUUUUUCAUGGUUUCAUGCCUAGGGAACAGGAGCAAUACAUCAUUUCUGUCAGGGUAAAACCUCCUGCAGAAGAUAUUAGUAAAGGCAGUGGAGUCGUAUUAACAACAAAAACUGAUGAAGAAAUAGCGGCUGAGAAAAGACGCGCUGAAGAGGAAAUGCGUCAUGUUUUCAUCAAAUAUAGUAGAAGAGCUAAACUCUACUAUGUACGGCUCUAUGGCUUUAAGUUAGUAUCAGGUCUGAUCGAAUACCACAAACGACACAAAAUUCCAAUCGAUGAAGAGAAAACUAUCAUAAAAAGGGCUAUUAAAAAAGCUGACUGGCAAUUGAACCACGAACAGAUUAUCAAGACAAAAAGGCUAGGUUCCGGAGCGUUCGGAGAUGUCUAUAAAGGUGUCUUGAGAAGUGGACUAAUUGACAAACGGGAAGUUGCCAUCAAAACAAUUAAUGGAUCGAUCUCAGCUGAAGAAAAUGAGAAACUUUUCCAGGAGGCAAUGUUGAUGAAAACGCUGAUCCACCAAAACGUCAUUCAGCUGAUUGGAGUCGCCUCGAAUGAAGAACCCGUCAUGAUCGUUAUGGAACUAGCUCCUGGAGGAGCCGUACUCGACGCCGUGCAAGCGAAGCCAGGUCCAACAACGUACAUCCGGAUAAAAUACUGCCAUGGAGCCGCACAAGGGUUGACAUACCUCUCCGGAAAAGGAGUUUCUCACUUCCAGAUUAUACAUCGUGAUAUUGCUGCAAGAAAUACAUUAAUUGGUAAAGGUAACACAGCGAAAAUCUCAGAUUUUGGUUUGAGCGUGUUGGGAGUUCAGAAGAAGGAAAAGACUCUCAAAAAGGUGCCAGUACGAUAUCUGGCUCCGGAAACUUUACAAACACGAAGUUAUUCAACUAAAACCGAUGUUUGGACAUUUGGCAUAUUCAUGUGGGAGGUAAGUUAA